AUGCAGCAGCAGCAACAGCAGCAGCAGCAGCAGCAGCAAACGCUGCAGCAGCCGCUAGCAAAAGGAGGUGGCGAAGAGGAGGCGGACGUAUGGGAUGUGGAACAGCAGCUGCCACAGCAGCAGCAGCAACAUCGACAGCAGCAGCAGCAACAGCAGCAACGGCAGCAACAGCAGCAACAGCAGCAACAGCAGCAGCAGCAGCAGCAGCAACAGGGAAAAGAAGGCGAGAACUACGCAUAUUUCUUUGCUCUAAGGCGUCUUCGUCCCGAAAUAGAAAAGUUGCUGCUGCAGCCUUCUUUGCUGCUGCCAAAAGGGCAGCAGCGGGAGCUGCUGCAGUUCCUCCCUCAUGUGCGGGACAUUGAGGUGUCUAGACACCGCAGCGUCGUAGAGAUUGCCAGAGUAUUCUGCAGCAGCAGCAGCAGCAGCAGCAACAGCAGCAGCAGCAACCACUCAACCCCAAGCCCAAGCAGCGGGACCGUCGCCAGCAGCUCCAGCAGCAGCAGCAGCAGCAGCAGCAGCAGCAGCAGCAGCAGCGGGGGAGUGGGGCUGCAUGCAUGCAGCUGCGUUUGGGGCUUGCCAGUGCCCGGCGACCCUUCGCAUGCAAUUUAUGUUUGGCUUGAUGCACUUGCUGCCUAUUUAGCUCCUGCCUGCUGCUCCCAGCAGCAGAAAAGAACCUGGCCCCCGCGGCUGCAGGUCUUUGGGCGAGAUAUUGCUCGUUUCCACGCUGUCUUCUUCUUGGGUUUGCUGCUUGCCCUCCAGCACCCUCCCCUCAGCAGCAGCAGCAGCAGCAGCAGCAAGAAAAGCAGCAGCAGUGCUGGUGAGGAUGAGGGAUUGCUGCCUGUUCAUUUGCUGCAGCGGCUUCCGCUGCAGCAGCUGGCCCAUGGGUGGCUCCUUAGACCCGCAGGAGAUAAAAUUGCCAAAUCAACUGCAGCACCUGCUGCUGCAGCAGCUGCUGCUGCUGCUCCUGCUGCUGCUGCACGAGCAGCAGCAACAGCAGCAGCAGAAGCUUCUGAAUCAAGUCUUUUGAAAGAAUUCCUAGGGCGAAGCUGGACUGCCGAUGCAGUAGCAGCAGAAGCAGCUGUACGUACACUUGGCGCUGACCGGUUGCGCUUCGCCUUGCUGCACUGCAAAGCAUUCGAGCGAGACUUCAAAUUGGCGCCUCUUGGCAGCAGCAGCAGCAGCAACAGCAGCAACACCAGCAGCAGCACUGGCCCCCUGAAUGCUGCUGCUCAGGUCUUGGAUCAGCAGAUUGGCAACUUCGCCCACAGAGUCCUAUCACUGCUGCAGCAGCAGCAGCAGCAGCAGGGAGUGGCACCCACAGCGCCACGUCUGCUCGUAGAAGCCGCAGCUGACCCUCUUUUAGGCAGAGAGGCACUUGCUGCUGCUGCUGCAGGUGCAGCAACUUCUGCAGCAGGCGCCCCAGCUGCUGCAUCGGAUGACACAAAAGGUGGUGCAGCAACAGCAGCAGCAGCAGCAGCAGCAGCAGAUCUGUCGCUGCAGCAGUCUCUCGUGGCAGCAGCCUGGGGCCCUUGGCCUCUAAAGGAAUUACCGACAAACAAAAUUGAUGCUUUUGAGGAUGCAUUAGCUGCUCUUUUCAAGCUUCCUAGCGCACUGCAGCAGCAGCAGCAACAACAGCAGCAGCAGCAACAGCAACUCAGCACGGAAGAAAUACAGCGACAGCUGCUACAAGCAGCAGCAGAGGCUGUCGCAAGCGAAGCCUCUGCCAUUCAGGCAGCGCAGCAAUUGCUGCUGCACGCAGGCGUUCGCGUGCAGCAGCAGCAGCAACACCAGCAGCAGCAGCAGCAGCAGCAACACCAGCAGCAGCAGCUGCAGCAGCAGCGCGGCUUGGUUGUGUUGGGAGCCGCCGCAGCAGCGCAGCCCUCUGCUGCGGUGGCUGCAGCACCAACAAGCACAGCGGCAGCAAUAGCAGCAGCAACAGCAGCACCAACAACAGGAACUACGGCAGGAGCAGCAGCAGCAGCAGAAGCAGCAGCAGCAGCCAGGCAGCUUCAGAGCGGCCUUUUAUUUAUUUCCUGCUGGCGUUUGCUGCGCGCCUCUUUUCUGCUGCCGCUGCUGCUGCGAGCAGCAGCGCAGCAGCUGCAGCUGCACAGAUACACCCGCGGGAUCAUUUCUGCUGCUGCUGCAGCACAGAGACUCUACGAGGCAGCAGUUAGUCUUGCUGCUGCAGUUGCUGCCGCAGGGUCUACUCUGGCCAGUGCUGCUGCUGCUGCUGCUGCACUCUUCGGACAGUGUGGAACGUCCGUGUCUGCCGCUGCUGUUCUGCCUGCUGCUGCACUUGUGUUUGUUCGCUGCUGCUGCUGCUGCACCUGCUUGCUGCCUGUCUCUUCGGUCUUUCUGCUGCAGGCCCCGUGGCAGCAGCAGUCUGCUGCUGCUGCUGCUGCUCGUUUUGUUCUGUUCUCUGUGCUCGAGCUGCUGCGUCGGAUCUCUUUGCUGCUGCGCCCCAUAUGCCCGAAGCUGUCGGCGCAACUGCAGCAGCAGCUGUCGGCGCAACUGCAGCAGCAGCUCAACGUUCAGCAGCAGCAGCAGCAGCUCAACGUCCAGCAGCAGCAGCAGCAGCAGCAGCAGCAGCAAGGCUGGUGCUGCUGGCCGCUGUCGUGGGGCGCUGUGGACCUGGGGGGCCAAAGGCUGCCCAGGCCGGCGCUGCUGCUGCUGCCAGUGCCGCCUCACUUUCGCUGCAUUUAG